AUGACUAUAACUGACCAAUAUGUAGUCUAUAACGUGACACUAACGUUACUGAACCUGAACUCUGAGUACCACGAUGGGCACUAUUUCUGUGGUCUUGGUGACGAGUGGAGCAGUAACCAUAUCAUGAUCAGUGUUAUAGGAGUAAACUUGAAUCAGCCGGAUCCAGUAAUGGUGGGUAAACCAGUAACACUGCAUUGUGUAGCAGAUAGUCCUGACGCAUUUACUGGUAACCCUGAGGUUAACUGGUUCUACGCACAUAACGGCUCUAAGUUCACCAACGGCAUCGAAUCUGGUACUAGCGGUCAACCCCUGAUAAGCAAAUACAAGAUAAAAUCAGUCAGUGUAGAUGACUGGGGACCGUAUCAGUGUAAGGGAACGUACAUUGGUAACCAGCCGGACACACACAAAUCCAACAUAGUCUACCUCUAUGUCAGAGGUUUCCUGGAGGAUCCUGUGAGCACGUACGCUAAGAUUGGAGCGACUGUGUCGAUAUCGUGCGUAGCAAUCGGAGAUCAGAUGGCUACCAUCACUUGGUUCGUCAACGGAACGAGAGCGAGCUCUGGUUUAGAGGCAAUAACGUACGAUGACACAUGGAAGAAGACAACAAACACGCUACAUUUCCCGUCCGCUUCAGAUUUCAGCAGCGGGACCUACAAGUGCCAAGCUUACUGGGGAGUAAACAAAACGGGGGAUAACGAGGUGUAUUCCAACGAUGCUGUGCUUCUCAUCAGAGAUGUUGGAGUGGAGAAGAACCCAGAAAAUCAGUACGUGACUCUGGGAUCUAACGCCGUGUUCUCCUGCGUUGCUACUGCUCCUCAAGGCGAAGCAAUUUCGUCAAUCACAUGGUUCAAGGAGGGGUCCUCCACCGUUAUCACUACCGGAAUUGCAGACGAUAAGAAAACAAGUGGAAACAGGACGACUACAAUGACCAUUUCUAAAGUGACAUUUGGAGAUGCUGGUGUUUAUUUCUGCAAAGUUCGGUACACGCGCGUGAGUGUUGGGGUUAUCCCCAGUCUUAGAGCGACCUUGUUCAUACGGGGUAUUAGUAAAGAUCCUGUCAACUCUUACGGUGUUGUGGGCGAGAAGUCCACUAUUUCUUGUACCAUCGGGGGAGACAAACCUGAAAAGGUGGUAUGGACGAAGGUGGCUGCCACAGGGAACACUCAACUCACAGAUUCCUCAAUAAUCAUCCAAUCUGUCUCCGGAUAUGACGAAAGCAAACAAACAAGUUUUGGAGUGCUGGCUUACACAAACCCGACCAUUGCAACUGACUCUGGUGAAUACUAUUGCACCGCAUUCUGGACCACUUCAACCACAACUCAGAUUAGCUCCAAUAAAGCUUUCUGGUCGUUGUAUGGUAUAGAGUUGAAGCCUGCUAUUGGAGUUCUAGACAGUACAGCCACUAUGACCUGCAAUGUUAAUGCGAUCAGUGACCCUGAUGCUAUUUCGUGGUACAGGCAGGGAAAUUACCUACCAGACCAGCCUGAGAAACCUAAAUACGAGACGUCAACCAAAUCAGCAGUCAGCAAAUACGUCAUAAAAAAAGCUGAUACAUUCGACUUUUCCUUCUACUCUUGUCAAGCUGCCUGGGACGGCUUCACAGUCCAAGCUAACUCCAAAACUGUGGAACUUCAACAGAUGAGGAUCCUAGCACCUGCAGACAGCAUUACCCGAGUAUUGGGUGGCACUGCUACCUUUGUCUUGUACGCCUCUCGAGCUCUCAAUGUGGUUAACGGAGCGGAACCUACUACGGAGUGGUCUGUGGGUGGAAUUAAGCGAACAUGGGCGGACGAUGCUCGGAUCAAGGAGACGAGGGAGUCAGAUGAAUACCUAGGAAUACCAGCGUGGAAAUAUACGUUAGUUAUCAACAAUCUCUCACUCUCAGAUCAUGGCACCUACGAGGUUAAAGUGCAAUAUGGAUCGGUUGGUUAUGUUACCUCUUCGCCAUCGAAUCUUUUUGUUGAGGGCAUCAAGAAUUCUGCCAUGACAAAGGAUGCUUACGGAGUUAAGGGUACUACUGUCACACUUGUUUGUGUUAUAGAAAAACAAAGCACCACAGCUGUUGAUUGGUACAAAAACGACACCAAACUCAGCUCCUCAAACAGCAAGACAACCACCUCAUACGCCGAUCAGUUGGUGACCAGUCAACUGGCCAUCUCCAAUCUCAACCCCAGCGACGUUGGGAAAUACCAGUGCUCGUACUUCUCUGAUCUUGACAAACAACGCAAGAAAUCCCAAGAGAUUACUCUUCAUCUUUAUGAUUUCCACAUUUCUCCCAAAUCACAAAACUACAUUCUGGGUUCAGUGAUCACCUUAACCUGCUCAGCUCCACAGUACCAAACUGAAGUUAUUCCCGAAGCUUCCUGGCUUCACAACGGGGAACAAUUUUUGAACAAAUACACAAGCAAAGGUGAAACAAUAACAGAGGGUUCUGCACGGUACAGACAAUUCACGAUCACCUGGACAGCAGAUAGCUUGGAUUACACUGGCCAGUACCAGUGUAACAUGACCUACAAUCCCCAUACUAUUGGACAGUUCGCCUUUGCUGGAGGUACUCUUAUUGGGGGUAUCAAAAAUAUCAUUAUGGUUGGAGUAACCGAGGUGUCCGUGAAGACAUACGCUAGGAAGCUCCAGGAGGCUAAGCUCACCUGCAGGAUCAAAGGAGACGCUCAGGCCACCUGGAUUAGGUGGUACAAAAAGACCGGUGAAACAGACACUACAGUAGAUAGCAAGCUUUACUCGACCAAAUACUCUUCCACCAAGCUUGAAACAACGAGUACAGUAACUUGGAGCAGUGCUACAGAGGACUUGAGCGGUAAUUACUUCUGCAAGGGGCUCUACAGUGCCGGUUAUGUCACUUCUAAAGACAUUGUACUUGAAGUGCUAGACGUUGGUGUCUUGUCAGCUCCAACUGAUACUAAUGUAAAGGCUGGUGCUGCGGCAACCUUCUCUUGUGAUGUCACCAAAAACGCGGAGUUUGUUCCGACUGUGUCUUGGUUUAAGGAUACCGACGUUGAGAAUGUUUUGGUUGCGGAGGCCGAGAAAAGGACGAUCACUGCUACUGAGAAAACUGAUUCCACUCUCUCUGUGUUGGUUCUGUUGAAAGUUGAAGUCGCUGACAAAGGACAGUACUAUUGUGAAGCUCAGUACGCUGACGACGCUAAAACUAAAGUCACCAGCACAGAAGCUACACUUUUCGUCAGAACAAUAACUGCGGGGCCAGUGGAGACCUGGGCUGGCUUUGGACAGUCAGUCACCUUCACAUGCUCCACUGGUGGUGACAAACCCAACCAGAUGAAGUGGUACAAGUUCGUUGAUAACAAGGACGAUGUCAUCACUACAGGGGGGAAGUUCGUCAUAUCUGACGGACUAUACGACGAGGACAAACAAACUUUCUCAUCUUUCUUGACUGUGAAUGGCUUGACAGCGGAUGCCGAGGGUGAUGCCACUAAAGCAGCCGACAAAUUGGAGGUACCGUACAAAUGCGGGGCACAUUGGGAAACACCAUUAAUCGACAUCAUUGCUGACAAAUCAGGAUCACUCCACGUCACCCGUGCCCACUUUUUGGAAACGUACGGUAUACAAGGAGCAAAAAGCAUUCUGCGAUGUGAAGUUGAUGCUGGAAGUGUGUCGGGCAACGCGGUAGAAAAAGUUACAUUCAAGGAUUUGAACGAUCCAAACGACGAGAAAAUAGGUGUAAUAGACGGUGAAACGGAAACUUCUGCUGGCUUCAGCGAAGUCCAUAAAUACGAGAUUGCCUCCACUUCGAAAGAUAACUUUGGACGGUACACAUGUUCUGUAACGUUUCAGCAAGUGAAAACCUUGAUCACCUCUGAUGUCGGCCAAUUUUCAGAAAUUUCGUACAAGGUUCAGCCAUCUGGAGGCACCUAUUCUAUUGGGGAUACUAUAACACUAAUGGCGGCAUUGACUAAAAUUGGCUCUGUGAAAGAUGACACGACUUGGAUUACAGCUAAGGUGUCGGAGAAAGGAGGAGAGGAAAUUGCAGCUAAAGUGACCACAACGCGCCAGUACGAUAUUGACGUUGAGUGGUCUAUAACCGCGACCUAUGCGGCUUCUGGCACCUACUCAAUGGUGGUCACGUACGGCACAUUCGGAGACAUCGUAUCUGAGAACAUCACUAUAUCUGUUGUUGGUUGGGUUGCGGAUGGUCAGCCCAAAAAUAGUAUCUCCUUCAUCAACUCAGGAGCAGCCUUCACCUGUAAAUCACAGGGAGUAGGCUCUGCUAAAUACGACUGGAUAGCAAACGGGCAGGGAGUAGCAGAUGAUGACAACUACAAGAUUGUGACUCAAGAGGCAGAUAGUGAUGGAGUGACAGUGUCGACACUUACUCUGAACAAUAUAAAGUCCACCAUGGAGGGUUCCUACCAGUGUAAACCGCAAUAUGGUUCCUUUGAGUUGAGCGGUGUGCCCGGCAAUCUAACUGUCCUCAAGUUUGAAGAUCAGCUCAAGUUCACUAAGAUAGUAUAUGAUACUAAGCUCGAGCUGAUGUGUUCCAUUCAAAAGAGGUUCAACCCGGCAGUAAAGUUAAAGUUCCUUUCAACGGACACAAAAGCGGUCACUUACCCAGCUUUUACUGAAACAAAAGAAGGCAAGAAAGAUGAACUGACAGUGACACAAUAUAAUUAUGUUGUCGAGAAAGCACAGCUGGGGAACGCCGGAAAGUAUCAAUGUAUCGGAACCUACGAGGAAAAGGAAGGAGCGUUAUCAGCCGGACAGACCGUGUCUCACGAUGAGUCCGUUGUUAUCCUUGGUCUGCUACAACAGCCUACAUCACAACACGUUGGGGUAGGAGAAGAUGUCACCAUCACUGCGGUCUACAAGGGAGACGCCCCCGCCCAAAUCGUCACCUGGCAGAGUCGUACUCCUAAAACCACCACCGUUGAAGCCUCCGACUGGAAGGAUCUGGCUAUAGAUAAUUUUAAGCUCACCACUAGCGCUAUACAAUACGACACAGACGAAAAGACCAGUGCUUCGACUCUAGUCGUGAAUGAUGUGAACAGUGACGAUGAGAAGGACUAUAGGGCUGUAGGGAUUUAUAGGACUGGUGAUAUUGCUUUCGAGGUUGAAACCAACCCUAUCAACAUCAUUAUCAAAUACGAAAGGUUAGCAUCAGUAUUUGGUCUGAAAGGACAAACCUCGUUACUAACCUGCUCCUACGAUGGUGCUGAGACCCCCACAAAAAUGGAGUUUUUCUCUGGGGACGCGUCCACGGAGGGUGACCCUUGGAGUAAGGUUUCAGGAGAUCGGUUCACAGCCAGCGCCAUUAAAAAGGAGGGCACUGGAAGCUCAAGAUCCAUUCUGAGCAUUGCUGAGACGACAGUGUCUGAUGAGAAGGACUAUAUUUGUCGUGUAACUUACACCAAAACGAACCCUACCACUGGCUCCAGCGAGACAGUGUUACAAACUGACGUUGCUACAGUUUACGUUAUCCAGAGAUUGGCAAGUCCGACGAGUAGUUUCUUCAAAGAGGAAAACGAUGCCACAAUAUCCUGUAAAUUCAAGGGAAACAACAAGGCAACCUUAGUUAACUGGUACAAGUCGGAGGACCAAGGGAAAUCUUAUAAACUGUUCAAUGGAGAAUCUGGCAGGGUGUCUCUGAGCGAUGUUAAUUACGACCCUCCCGCGCUCACAUCCCUCUCAACCGUUGAAUUUUUAAGACUUAUAGCGGACGACACAGGCUUUUACAAGUGCCAAGUCACGUACGUCUACCAGAACGGGACAGCAACCUACUCCACCAACUUUGACUCGGAGAUCGGAGAACUGUACAUUGUGAGCUUCCAGAUGGAUCUGUUGACUAGCUCUUACAAUGGGGAGGGAUCAGCAGUGACACUCAGUGUUAUCACCAAGGGUCCUAAUGAGCCAAAAUCCGUCGCCUGGUCUUUUAGAAAGGACGAAGGAACGAAAGAAGAGGAAAAGAAAGACGGUGUUGCUAUAACUGAUGGGGUCGGUGGGAUCACAAUCAAGGACAGCUACAGUGAAGCGACGCUUGAAGCGUUCAGCACUGUAACCAUAACUAACGCUGGCAAGGACAAUAGAGGGGAGUAUUAUGUAGAGGUGGAGUAUUCGCAGGGAGAGGAGAACAAGGAGCUCACUUCCAAGGAGACUUAUGUCGAUGUUAUUGGCACGUUCAUGAACAUAUCCAACUCUGUUGUAAUUGAAAACGCUGGUGCUUCGGAGACUAUCACGUGUCAGUUUAAGAGUGGUAAAACUCCGGUCGUUUCACUGGAAAAGAGAACCUCCGAUGGCACAUGGGUUGACGUAGCUGGUGCUGGAAUUGGGGAGUGUAAGGAGCCGACCCUGGGAGAAGGAGAAACCAAGGAGGCGUUAGUUCACACCUGUUUAAAGACCAUAACACGUAUCACAGCACACACUGGCGAGUACAGGUGCCUAGCUACCUACGAAACUCAAUACAAGUUCAGAUCAAAGGAGACAAAAAGUCUAGAAGUUGUGACCUUGACAACCUUGUCAGGAAAUGCUUACUUCCUCGACGGGCAAGAGCGAACACUGACCGCCACCGUUGAAACACCUAGCUUCCCUAAAGAAUCUUACUUCAAUCUUAUCACGCCGAAAUCGGGAGAAGCUGAGGCAAUUGUGGAGAAGCUGGCAGUGGUGGCUGUAUUUGGAUCAAAUAACGUAAAGUUGACGUUGAAGAAGCAGUUUGUGGCCGCUGACAACACCAAAACGGGUCAUUUUGUUGUGGAUCUGGACACAGUAAAGUUACAAUCAGUUGCAAUACAGUUCGUCGAAUUGAAAGACGCAAUAACAGCAAUAAUAACGGACCCAACCGACACGUCGGGACUUGGCAGGGGUGCAAAGCUGACGAUGACUUGUGAGACCAAGUCAAGUGACGACAUGGAUGUUACCGAGCGACCUACGAUCGCUUGGUCCCUGGAUGGAGCCGGGUUGUUACCCGCCACCACCGUUACCAGCACAAGAGCUGACGGCAAGCAGAAGUCCGUAGUGACUAUGGCGGAAAUGAGCCCUGCUGAGAGUGGGUCCUACGUUUGCACUGCUGUGUAUCCCAAUGUUGGCAGUGUGACAACAGCAGCAACACUCAAUCUAGCGGGCAUUGUCUCCGCUCCACCAACUGUAUGGGUCACAAUAGGUAACAAGGCGGAAGUAAAGUUCAGUGUGUUGGAAGCGUCAACACGGCCCACGAUCAGGUGA